AACAUUAUUUAUAAAGUGCAUACAGUUUUUUUUUACUGUGUAUUUUACAGUAUUCACAUACGAACUAAUGGAGUUUUACUUAAUAGCUAAAUUCUUUAAUUUCGAAAACAUUUUUAAGGCUCAGUUUGUAUCAGGUAUCCUUUUGCGCAAACGAACCCCUUACAUUAAAAACAGCUUAUAAUUAUAAUGCUCAGAGCUAAAGUUUCCAGAGAAUAUUUCUAAUGUUUUUUGUUUGUUUGUUUGUUUUUUGUUUACUAUAUUUUUUAACUUUUUAAUAUUUUUCCCGAUAAUUGUUGACCAAAUUUCAGGUCUAAUAGUUGACACUUGGAGUUGUUAGUAAACUUUCAGGACUAAUAGCUGACCCUGUCACUGGCUAAUGUACUAAUUACUUUCUCAGAUAAUGGAUGACGUAGUGCUGCGCGCUCGUCUGGUCCUGAUGCUGCUCAUGUUGGUGCACGCGCAGGAUCAAAGCUUGGGUCACGUGGAUCCGUUAACGCUCAGCCGCGCUGACCCGCGCUGUUGGGAAAGCGCUUCUGUGGUGCUGCUGGAGAUGCGCACGCCGAGAAUCGCGCACACGGUGCCUGACUUCUGGGAUCUCAUGGUGUUUCUGAAAGCCUCGGACAACCGGAAACACGGCGCUCUGUUUUGGGACCUGGCACAAGUCUUCUGGGACCUUUACGUGGACUGCAUCAGGUCCCGAAACCAUGGGCUUGGGAGGCGACACAGCAUUCGGACAAAAAGGCGUCUCACGGUCGCGCGCUCUCUCUCUGCGGACAAGUCUUUUGUGCAAGAGUCACAGAACCAUUUUUCGAACUUAAAGGAGUUUACUCAAGCCUGGUUUCAAAUACAGGUGCAGCAGGAUGGAUCUCGCAGCUUGCAGUGAUGCUUAUCCCAAAAUCAAUGCUUCAAAUGCUUCAAAUUUUACAA